AUGUCUGGCGAGAAGAUCUUCGAGGGCGUUUUCGCCGUUCACAAACCACAGGGCGUUACUUCGGCCGACGUGAUUCGCAAGCUCCAACACCACUUCAAUCCUUCCGAUCUCUUCAGGCCAUGGCUGGAGGAGGAACGCGCUCGUCGAAAGCGUGAGAGCCAGUACCAGCGCAAGCGCCGGCGCACUCAGAAAUUGGACGUCAAGAUCGGCCAUGGUGGUACUCUGGAUCCGCUUGCGACUGGUGUUCUAGUUACCGGUGUGGGCAAGGGUACCAAGUCGCUCAAUGACUUCCUGGCAUGCACCAAGACCUACGAGACAACUCGCAAGAUUGUUCGCCGGGCACCCUACGAGCAUGUUACGCGCGAGGCCGUUGAAAAGGCUCUCGAUCAAUUCCGCGGCAAGAUCAUGCAACGCCCACCGAUCUUCUCGGCGUUGAAGGUGGAGGGUAAAAAAUUGUACGAGUAUGCGCGCGAGGGCAAGGCCCCGCCCAUCGAGAUCAAGUCUCGUCCGGUGGAGGUCUUGAACAUGGACAUCGUCGAGUGGUAUGAGCCUGGCACACACGAGCACAAGUGGCCGGAGGAAGAGAUUUCUGGCGAUGCGAAGCUCGUCGCAGAUAAGCUCCUCGAGCAGGAUGCCACGCUGCCGGUGGUCCCUUCGGCAGAAAGCGAAGCUUCCCAGGACGGGGAGGUGCAGUCUGCGAAACGCAAGUCACCUCCUGCCGCAGACUCUCCCAAGGAGGGUGAUCAAGAUGCUACCAAGAAGCAAAAGGUCUCUGAGGACGGCGCUGCCCAGCCUGUUGCCGCUGAGCCUCCUGUUCCGGAACCCGCAACAGCUGAAGCUCCGACCACUGAGACAGAGCAGCCGAAGACUCAGCCCGCCGCAGUCAAGAUUUCCAUGACUGUCACAUCUGGAUUUUAUGUGCGGUCGCUUGCACACGAUCUUGGCAAGGCUGUUGGUAGCUGCGCUCUGAUGAGCGAACUUGUGCGCAGUCGCCAGGCUGAGUACACCCUCGAGCCGGAGAAUAUUAUUGAAUAUAAGGACCUUGAUGCGGGCGAGGAAGUCUGGGGCCCCAAGGUGCAGAAGUUCCUCGAGGCAUGGGAAGAGAAGAGAGUCGCCAAGGCCGAGGCCGAGGAUCAGGAGUAA